GACUAAUUCAUUUAUGCUUUUUUCGUGGCACCUUUUCUUCAUUUUUCUUUUCAAUUCACGUUUUUUCAAAGCAAUAAAAUCAAAUAAAAAUGAUGAUAUUAGCUUUUCUAGACCAUUAGACGAAAUGGCCGUUUCGGACUUAGCUCGCAAUUUAAUAUAUGAAAUUCAAUCGAAAGCCCCGAAUUCGCUACUUGUAGCUGAACAUGUGCAAGAAGCCUUACAAAAUGCUGCUGAAGAAUUGAAUCUUCCUAAUCCAGAAAAUGACGAUUGCGAACGUGACUAUACACGAUUAUGCCCACAACAUUGGUUACCACGUGGUGACGGCCAUUCGUGUAGAGCACAUCUACAAUAUACUGGGUCUUGUCAACAUCUGGUGAAUUUUUCUGAUUUUUCCCCUUUAAAAAAAAGCGAUUUCGCUAUAGAAUGUAACGUGACCUGGCCCUGUAAAGCACCAGCAUGUAUUCAGGACGUUUCAGCUCCUUGUCCAAUGCAUUUCCUUGUUCAAGACGACGGUUCCUGUCUGGCAUCAUCCUUAUACCAUGGAAAAUGUGUCCGAAAAAUGUCAUUUAAAAAUUAUUCACGUGCCCACCGACUUCUAUGGACGGAAAUAUGCAACGUUUUUUGGCCCUGUCGGAAUCCUUGUUCAAAUAAAAUCAUAUCAAUAUGUCCAAGGUAUUGGAGCCUCUCUCACUCUAAGAAAUACUGUAUAGCUCCAUUGGAAUAUUUAGGACCUUGUUCACCUGUGCAACCUGUCUCAAUGAAAAAAGAAAUUAUGACUAAGAAUUGUGGGGUUCAAUACGACUGCGAUAAAAUCAUAAAGUCGAGUAAGGAUAUUCAAUCGUGUCAGCAGGAUUACGCUAGUAUGUGUCCUUUUGAAUGGAAGGUUUCUUUAUUAAACAGCAGUAUAUGUGAAGCUCCUUUUCCGUACAAAGGUCCCUGUCCUUUGAGAUUUUCUUUCAUCAAUUAUACAAUGAUAAUGAAAAAACAAUUUUCAAAAGCAUGCAAUGUGUAUUGGCCUUGUAAAACCGCAACCCAACCCGCUCAAAAAAAAAAAACUCAUUUAAAAGAAGUAUUUUCUCAUGUAUAUAAUGAAUCAUCUUUUGAAAACACAGAAAUCACUCAAUCUUUACCUCACGUUGAAAAACGAAAUCAAGCACAUACGAAAUUAUUAAGAGAAUUCGCUUCAGCUGCUAAACAAUACCUUCCAAGGGAAAUAUCUGUUACACUUCAGAACGCUAUAAACGAUUUGAGCCAAAGGGAAAAAGAUGUUGUUCUUAUGUAUACAAUGAGAAAUGCCUCUCAAAACCCUUCAGCUUCUUCCCGUUUUUUUCAAUUUUUUCGUAACACGAGUUUACCAGCAACGCAGCUUCCUAAAGAAGAAACAUUGCUCUCUGAAAAAUAUUACGACACAAAACAAAUAAUUUAUCCACAUCUUUAUAAACAAGUACAAUCAAAAAGCAAAGCUCACACAGGACGUUUAGUUGAAAAUCCUUACUAUUUAAAGCAACUUGAUGACUUUGAAGCAAGAAUAGACCCUUACGGAACUCUCGCUAACCAAAAUAUAGGGUAUUUACAACAAAACAAUUGUAUCCGAGAUUAUACUGCACCGUGUCCAAUUGGAUGGUCUCUUACAACUACAUUUGAAUCAAUUACGUCUCUAAAAUCAAGCAGCUGUAUUGCGUUGUAUAGGGUUCAAUACGAAUCCAAAUGUAAUCCAGUCCAACCUUUUCCAAUCAUGUCAAAAUCACAAAAACAAUUAGCUGAAAUCAAGUGUAGGAUUGCAUGGCCCUGUCGAAAAUGUCAUCAUGAUUAUCUACGACCUCCAUGUCCUCAGGGUUGGAUCCAUGAAGGUGACGGCUUUUGUCGAAUAUCCCCCGAAUUAGUCAAAAACAAAUCAUUUGAUUUUAGUGUCAAGUCGCAAUGGUGUUCGCCUGCACUCAAUUUUAAAUUUAUGGUCCCAGAAUUGCGCCAGCUAUGGAGUAAAAUAUGUGGUUACGAUUGGCCUUGUUUUCAAACGUGUGAACGGGAUUUUUCCUCGCCGUGCCCACAUCACUGGAAACAAGUUAAAGACAAAGCAGCCAGUUCAAAAGACAUUACCAUAUGCAUUCCUUUACAACACAAUUCGAUUGAAAUGCACGCACAACCUAAUUCAUUUCCGUGUGGUCGAAAACUUGUCGUUCCUUUAAACAUUUUAGACCGUUAUUUACUUGAGUCUAACUGUAACAUUAAAUGGCCCUGUCAGGAAUUGUGCAAAAUGGAUUUUAAAAAGCCGUGUCCUUACGGUUAUACAGUUAAACCACGCACUGGCGAAUGCCUCCCUCCCCCUUUUAUACAAUCGUCAUCAUCCCUUCCUCACAAUAAUAUAUGCUUUUCCUCUACAAGGUUUCCUUACUGGUUUGGAACUAAACGUAAAAAGAAGUUUUCGAAAUUGUGUCAUGCUCCAUGGCCAUGUGAAAAUAUGUGUGAUGAAGAUUUUUCUUUUUUGUGUCCGGUACAUUGGAAAUUAAAAAAAGAAAAACAACAAAUAUUUUGUAUUCCUAAUAAAACAUAUAAAGGUCCAUGUUUGCUAAGGAAAUAUGAUGUCACCGCUUUUACACUCCUUUCAAAAUGGGAAUUCGCUUGGACAUGCCAAGUGAAAUGGCCAUGUAAAGGAAAAGUUCAUUUUCGAUUCCCGCGUCUUCCUUUUUUAUCAAAACAAGCAAAAUUAUAACAGUGUACUUUUUAUACAUUUAUCAAUAAUUUUAUGGGAUGACUCUACGUAAAUAUCUACAGAGUCUUUUAAAACUCGUAUAUUAUACACCCUAGUAUUGUAGUGAGCACUUUCUCUUAAUCUCUGAAUUCAGUAAUCGCGUCGGUAACAAUCAAUCCAAUAAACAACUUUUCGACACGAAUGCUUCAUAAAGAUUAUGCCUU